CUCCUCCUCCCUCCUCCGCCCCGUUCGCUCGUUCUACUCAGGUGACUGGCAUCGAGGUCGCCGUCGCCACCUGCGCCUGCCCGCUCGUUUCUUCCGGCUCCGAGGAAGCCGCUUCUCCGCCGCCGGCAUGGAGACGCAGCGCUCAGCCGCCGGUCGCCUCCCGCGCGCUCUCUUCUGCGCCCUCGUCCUCUUCUUGCUCGAAGGAUCAGUUGUUUACCAGGCUUAUGCUGUGGAUGUAGAAGUGAAAGAUGCAUCCAAUGAGACAUGCCUAUUUGGAAGAUGGAUUAUGAGCUUCUCUAUAACAUAUGAAACUGAACACAAUGAAUAUAGAAACACAGUUCUUACGUUCCCUGAACAUGUAAGGUAUGAUGGAAGCAGUUGUGACAACGAAAUAUCUGGCCCUGUGCUAGCAAUAGAGUUUGGAGAAGGUCAUUCUUGGAAUAUCAGCUUCACGAAAACAAACGACACCUAUCAAGGGAUCAUCUCCUUCACCUACAACACCAAUGAUACAGCACUGUUUCCAGAUGCUAAAAUGAAAGGACUAAUUACCACCUCUACAAACUAUCCUUUGCAUCCAGUUGAACUAGACACAGUUUUCAUUUGUCAAAAUAUGGACUUCGUUGAAUCUGGCAGUGUUAUACAGAACUUCCAGAAUGUCGUUCUUGAGGCUUUUCUUCCGUCUGGCAACCUAAGUGACCAAAAGACUGUGUGCGAUAAAGAUGCUGUAGUCACCCCUGAGCCUGCUGUUCCUGAUACCAGCUCCACUGACACCACCUCCAUCACCAAUACCACCUUCAUCAUCAAUACCACCUCCAUCACCAAUACCGAUACCAAUACCGAUACCAAUACCAAUACCAAUACCAAUGCCAAUACCACCUCAAUCACCAACGACACCACAGAGGAGGCUAACACAACAAUUUUAUCAUCACGUUCCAUCAGCCAACCAGAUGAGAUACCUGCCACAGGAACCUACUCUGUUAAAAGUGACACCGAGAUCUGUCUUCUGGCAACCAUGGGGCUGCAGCUGAACAUGACAAAUACUCCAAUGAACAUUAAUCCAAACACAACUACAGCUAGCGGGCGUUGUGGCAAUAGAACUUCUGUCCUCACCCUGACAGAUACCGACAUCGUGGUUGUCUUCACUUUUGCUGUCAAGAACACAAGCUUUGAAAGAUUUUACCUGAAAGCGGUGGACGUCACUGUGACCAACCCUGUAAAUGGAACGCAGUUUGCUGCAAGUGACAAUCUCACUUUCUGGGAGGCCUCCCUCGGAAGCUCAUACAUGUGUCGAAAAAAGGAGACUCUUGUAGUGACUCCUUCAUGUAGCCUGCACGUCUUCAACUUAAGGAUCCAGCCAUUUCAAGUACAGAAUGGCCAGUUCUCCAUAGCUGAAGAUUGCAUCCCAGAGGUGGACUACUUCUUUGUGCCCAUUAUGGUGGGAGCAUGUCUGGCAGGAUUAAUUGCUCUCGUUCUUAUGGCUUAUUUUGUCGGCCGCAAAACUCGUCAUAAUGCUGGCUAUGAGCAGCUGUAAAAGCGGGGUGCAGUUUGGGCUGAGCACUUCCACUUUCAACCCACUGAGGAGUGAUUUGCACCAGAAGAAUGUUCUGUUGUCACACACAUGUUGUUCAGAGAGACUAGCCUACUGCGUGCUCGUAAUAAUUAAGUGUGAAGUGACUUGUUUUGAAUGUGGAUAGGCCAGCUUAAGCCAAAUGUACUUUUUCCCAAAAAACAAAUCAUUGCAGUGCCAACUACCAUGAUGGCACAAAGCCACCUCAGAUGUCUUGUCCUCUCAGACCUGCUGCAAAGCUAAUACUGAUUUCCUGCAUGCCGUAGUUUGCAAACGGACACAAGGCUGGCUGUGCAGGAAACCAGACUUUACAACAGCUUUAAACACAAGCAAGCAGGUCUUGAGCGUAUUUUAAAGCUCAGGUGAAAAUCUGAUGAAUGAAAUGUUGUGGACUCAUUAUGGGGCUUCUUGAGUGAUGUGUAUUAAAAAGGCCUUAAGCCAUUUACCUCCUGAUUUUGUGAAGUAAAUAUUUUGCAUUAUUGGGUCCCUCUACCAUUAAUUGAGCAUUUUAAGUUUUCUACUUUUCAGAAGUGACUUAUACCCUAUUACUAAAAAAAUAGUAAUAGUCCAAACAUUACUCUGGUUGUGCCAGCCAGCAUUAUAUAAAAUAGGGCACUCGCUGUAGCCUCAUUCUAAUGUUUGUGAACGACUACCAGUUGUCUUGCUGUGGGUUGUGUUAAAUAACUGUGUUUAUAGAAUCAUUGUGUAUGUAAUACACUGCCUAUCAUUUUGGCAGAAUUGGCUUUUCAUCUUGUGCACUGUUUACUAAAAUAGCUGCCUUGACGUCCCUUCCUGGGGCAGAAGAACAGAAUAUAUGCUUUUAAAUAAAAAUGAACACUGUUACUGAAAGAAACAUUCAAUUAUGUAAAGCAGAGAUGGGAAACCUGUGGCGCUCCAGAUGGAUGAUGCUGGAGUACGAUUGCCACCUGACCUUUGGCUAUGAUGGGAGUUGGACUCCAACAAUAUCUGGAAGGCCACAGCUUCCCCUUCCUGCUAUAAGGCAAGAUAGCCUUUGGGUCAUCAUGACUAUGUUUCAGUACCGUACAUGGAAAGAAAGUAAGUCAGGAUCCUUAACUUUGUUUAAGGACCUUCCUGUAAUAACAAAAACAAAAAAAUGUUUAUGAGGAUGUUGUAAUAUUCUGGAAGUUGAAAAUGUUAUGAUAAUAAACUGACUUGCCUUAUUAUUCAAGCAGCAGGGGAGCUGGGUGAAGCCUUAUUAUUAUUAUCUGGGUCUUCUUCCAGAGGCUUCCUUGAAAAUCUUCCCCAAGGCUGCUUCUGAAAUCCAAGCCUCUUGCUAUUUAAAGUGUUGACAUUCUGUUGCCUACACGCUGUUAAACUCCAGGUUAGAUUACUGAAGCUUGUUACACGUGGGGCUGCCUUUGAAGACUGCUUGGGACCUGCAGUUGGUGCAGAAUUGCGCAGCAAGAUUGUGCACCUGUUUAAGGCAGUCCAAGCAUAAGAUGCCAAUUCCGGAACAACUCUGCUGGCUGUCAGUUAAGUUUCCAGGCUCAAUUUAAAGUGCUGGCUUCAACCUAUGCAAAGCCUUAUGCAGUUCUUGACCCCCAAUACCUUAGAGACUGCCUCUCCUCCCCACAGAAGCCACCGCACAGCCUGCAUUUUUCAUCUGAGGCCCUUCUCCAUGUGCAGAAAGUGGCAAAACAAGUAUAGGCCUUUUGAGUGGUGGCUCCCUGUUUGUGGAAUGCUUUCCCCAUGAGGCAUUCCUGAUGCCAUUAUUAUCCAUUUUCAGGCAUCAGGCAUUCCUAUUCACCCAAGCUUUCAAUCGUUAAAUGUGGAGGGUAUUGGGUAUUUCUAUGGUGGUCUCUUUUUUGCUUGUCUUUUUAUUGGGCGGGGGUGUUGAGUUACUUAUACCUGCCCUUUUAUAUAUAUUACAGAUGUGCUGUUGGGUUUUAGUUUUAUUCUGGUUUUUAUGUUUUGGUUUUAAUUUUUGGGUCACUUGGUGUCACCUUCUCUGAAAAAAGGAUGUAAUGCAAUAAGUAAUCAUAAUAAUAUUUUAGCUUUCCCAUCAACUCUGCAAAAGGAGAACAGGGCACAGAGCCUAUCUCAUGCUCUAUCUUGUUCUUGCCUUGAGGCAAACAUCAUCAUGACAGGCAGUAGUGGCCUUGCAGUUCAUACACAGAUGGAGUUUGAGAUGCCAUAUUUCUCCUGUCUUGUUUGUGUAGAGAUAAGGGAACUUCCUGGCUCAGACUAGAGGUCAGUUCCCAAUUUCAAGGCACCAGCAUCAGACUUUUUUGAGGCUGGGAUGAUGCUGGGAUUUUGUGAAUUAAGCAAGUUACAAUAAGUUGCUUUAACAGAGUUUAGACCUUUGGGGGUGAGUCAGUACAGCCUGGCCAAAAAAAAAAAAAAGUUAUUAACCCGAAAACAGACUAGUUAUUUUGCUGCUAUGUACCUGUGUUAGUAUAUCUGUUGCAUGGAUUAUUUACUUAAAACGAAGUACCGGUAACUUCCAUUGAGAUUUGCUACCUGGCAUCCUGGAGGAGACUUCGACCCAUCAUGGGCUAGUGGCUAUUUGCAAGGCUGUUUCAACACAACUAGACAGGUAUAUUAUUCCUGCCGCCUUUUCCUGCACAUCUGCCUGCAGAGAACAGCAAAAUAGCGACAGCUGCUAGGGUUGUGAGAUUAGCUGGGACUUGGUGAGAACUGAGCAAACCUCCCAAAUCAUUGCAUGAUGUUCUCUUUCCCCAUGCCAGGCUUGUUACUGCCCUCUGCUUAAAAGCAAACAGUGAUGCCAAAUUUGUACAUAAAGCUCUGGACCAAUGUUACAUUAACAUUGAAUCUUGCAUUACUGUUUUUAAAGUGUCACCAAUGCACCUGACCCCAGGUAGAGUUAUAUGGGGCAAUAUAGAUAGGCUCCUGAUCCCAAGGAGUUUAUAAUCUAAAAAAAA